GUUCGCGUCCGGGUCAGAGCGAGCCUCCUGCCCUCCGACUGUGUGAGUGGUGGUGGUGCCGCGCUGUCCGCGUUCGCAUCCAGGUGCUUGCGAGCCGCGGUGUCCCCCGACCGGGAGCGCCCCCGGCCCCGGGCGGAGAACGAGGAGGGGGCCUGGCGGCGGGCUGCGGCCGCGCUGGGCCGCGCUGGGGCGGGCUGGCGGCCCCGCUCCUGCGCCUGCUGCUGUCCCUGGGACCCAGGUGCCGGCACUGAGGCGUCCCCGGCGGACAGCGACCCCCUUCCCGGGCUCCCCGGGCCGCCCCACCGGGGAGGGCGGAAGAUGCCGGUGAAGAAGAAGAGAAAAUCUCCUGGGGUGGCAGCGGCAGUGGCAGAAGACGGAGCCCUCAAGAAGUGUAAAAUCUCCAGCUAUUGCAGAUCCCAACCCCCUGCUAGACUAAUAAGUGGAGAGGAACAUUUUUCAAGCAAGAAGUGCCUGGCUUGGUUUUAUGAGUAUGCAGGUCCUGAUGAAGUUGUAGGGCCAGAAGGAAUGGAAAAGUUUUGUGAAGACAUUGGUGUUGAACCUGAAAAUAUUAUUAUGUUAGUUUUAGCGUGGAAAUUGGAGGCUGAAAGCAUGGGAUUUUUUACCAAGGAAGAAUGGUUAAAGGGGAUGACUUCAUUACAGUGUGACUGCACAGAAAAGUUACAGAACAAAUUUGACUUUUUGCGCUCACAGUUGAAUGAUAUUUCUUCGUUUAAGAAUAUCUACAGAUAUGCCUUUGAUUUUGCAAGGGAUAAAGAUCAGAGAAGCCUUGAUAUCGAUACCGCUAAGUCUAUGCUCGCCUUGCUGCUUGGAAGGACGUGGCCGCUGUUCUCAGUGUUUUACCAGUACCUGGAGCAAUCAAAGUAUCGUGUUAUGAACAAAGAUCAGUGGUACAAUGUGUUAGAAUUCAGCAGAACUGUCCAUGCAGAUCUUAGUAACUACGAUGAAGAUGGUGCUUGGCCUGUUCUUCUCGAUGAAUUUGUUGAGUGGCAAAAAAUCCGUCAAACAUCAUAGCAAGAAUUCUUGUGGAGAAAAUGCAAACCUUCUGAUGCCCACGUGUGUACAGGUUGAUGAGAUGAGGAAGAAUCCGAAGGGAGCAUUUUCAUUCUUGUGAAAGACUUCUCAUAGUACUUUGUUUUCCUUUUUUUUAAAGGAAGUUUUCUUGUUACAUGUGAUGGGCAUUGAGCCACACCUCUUCUGAGACUGAAUAUCCAAGUUUUUGUUUUGGGUUAUGUUUAUAACAUUUAUUUCAGAACAAUAAAGAUUCAGAUUUGUGACAAAGGCCUUACAGUGAAGAUGUCCCUUGAGUGUCAGAGUGGUAUUUAUUUUUGUAAAUUUUCAUUCUUGAAUUUUGGAGGAUCUUUCUUGCCAUGAAUUUGGAAUUUUAAAGAUUUUGAACAACCUCACUAGUUGGCAUUACGGUCUGCUGACGGUACGGCUCAUACAUUCAUCUGCGUGCUCUUAGGAGGAGUGUUGGCUUCACUUCUAGGAUAACGGUUUUCUGGUACAGCAGAUAAACACAUUCCUGGAUACUGGGGGCUCUCCAGCUUGCAGCUCUGGUUUUCUGUGAAAGUACUAUGGUCCUUUGCACAUACUUUAUCUGAAAAGUUAAAAAUUGGAUACAUUAAGUCCAGCUGUUUUGUUUCCUAACCAUUAAAUAGUUUGGUCAAUAA